CACGGAGACUGAGAGCUGCAGAAAAGGGUGGGGUCGCUUCCCAGGAGAAGAGGCGGCAGCAGCGGCGGCGGCUGCGGCAUCCUCGCUGGCAGCAGCGGAGGCAGCAAUGCUCGGUCUCCGCUGGGGGUGAUGGCCUCCCAUCCCUGCUAGGUGGCCGGCUGCAAUCGGAGGCCGGCGGGAAGUAGACUCGAGCCCGAUCCGCCGACCCUGCGGCCACACCGCCCGGCCCCUCCUCUGCGCCAUGGCUUAAGCCUGCAGCCAUCUCUCCUCACGUCGCCUCGCUCGGCCGAGGUCUGUGCGCCGCCGCAGCCGCAGGGAGGGGCGCGUCCCAGACACCCUCGCCGGGGACUCGGGGACGCCGCGCUUCUCGCCCUUCAGCGCUGGCAGCAGACUGCGCUCCCGAAGGCGUUUGCAGCCGGUAAUCGAGGGACUUUACCGACUCUCUUAGGAUCGCUCUCCCUGGGUGCUCGCUGACGGAGGAGGGCGAACUAGCUCCGGCUGAUCCGGGGGAGAAAACGGUGGGAAUCACAUUGGCCCGUAAGAGUAGGAGGCUGAAGGAAGAUUAGAGACUUGCUUUAGAACCACAAAAAGAAAGAGGGGACCGGCUUUGCAGCGAGCAUCAUGGCGUGGCCGUGCAUCACAAGGGCCUGCUGCAUCGCCCGCUUCUGGAACCAGUUGGACAAGGCGGACAUCGCGGUGCCGCUGGUUUUCACCAAGUACUCGGAGGCCACCGAACACCCGGGCGCCCCUCCGCAGCCACCGCCGCCGCCGCAGCCCCAGGCGCAGCCGGCUCUCGGGCCCCCCUUGGCGCGCACGGUUGCCAUAGAGACGCAGCCGGCCCAGGGCGAGUUGGAUGCAGUUGCCCGGGCAACCGGGCCAGCGCCUGGGCCUAGCGGCGAGCGAGAGCCGGCGGCCGGCCCCAGCAGGAGCGGGCCUGGCCCGGGCCUGGGCUCGGGCUCCACCUCCGGCCCCGCGGACUCGGUGAUGCGGCAGGACUAUCGGGCCUGGAAGGUGCAGCGGCCCGAGCCCAGCUGCCGGCCGCGCAGCGAGUACCAGCCCUCCGACGCGCCCUUCGAGCGCGAGACCCAGUACCAGAAGGACUUCCGCGCCUGGCCGCUGCCGCGCCGCGGGGACCACCCGUGGAUCCCCAAGCCCGUGCAGAUCCCCGCGGCCUCCCAGGCGUCGGCGCCCAUCCUCGGGGCGCCCAAGCGCCGGCCACAGAGCCAGGAGCGCUGGCCAGUGCAGGCAACUGCUGAGUCCCGGGAGCAGGAGGCGGCCCCCGGCGGAGCGGGUGGCCUGGCGGCCGGAAAGGCGUCCUGGGCGGACGAGCGCGACACGCGCAGGAAGGCCGGGCCCGCCUGGAUGGGGCGCCGUGCCGAGGGCCUGGGGCAGGAGCAGACGCCGCUGCCCACGGCCCAGGCCCUGGUCCAGGCCACCGGCCCCGAGGCUGGCAGGGGACGCGCGGCAGCGGACGCCCUCAACCGGCAAAUCCGCGAGGAGGUGGCGAGUACCGUGAGCAGCUCCUACAGGAAUGAAUUCAGGGCAUGGACGGACAUCAAGCCUGUGAAACCAAUAAAGGCCAAACCCCAGUACAAGCCCCCAGAUGAUAAGAUGGUUCAUGAGACCAGCUACAGUGCCCAGUUCAAGGGAGAGGCCAACAAGCCAACAGCAGCUGACAAUAAGGUCAUUGAUCGCAGAAGAAUACGCAGCCUUUACAGUGAACCCUUCAAGGAACCCCCAAAGGUGGAGAAACCUAGUGUUCAGAGUUCCAAACCAAAAAAGACCUCAGCGAGCCAUAAGCCCACGAGGAAGGCCAAAGACAAGCAGGCAGCGCCCGGCCAGGCCGCCAAGAAGAAGAGCGUGGAGGGCCCUGGUGCCGCCAAGCCCGCCGACAAGGAGCAAAGCAAAGAGAUGAACAAUAAACUGGCUGAGGCAAAAGAGAGCCUGGGUCAACGCGUCAGUGAUUCAAGUAAGAAUCAAGGUCCUGUAGCCACAGAGCCAGACAAGGAUCAAGGUUCUGUGGUCCCAGGCCUUCUGAAAGGUCAAGGUCCUAUGGUCCAAGAGCCUCUGAAGAAGCAAGGUUCUGUGGUCCCAGGGCCUCCGAAGGAUCUAGGUCCCAUGAUCCUGUUACCAGUCAAGGAUCAAGAUCACGUGGUCCCUGAGCCUUUAAAGAAUGAAAGCCCUAUUAUCUCAGCACCAGUCAAGGACCAAGGUCCCUCGGUCCCAGUUCCUCCAAAGAAUCAAAGUCCUAUGGUUCCAGCAAGAGCUAAGGAUCAAGAUUCUGUAGUACCAGAGUCUCUGAAGGAUCAAAGUCCUAGGGUUCCUGAGCCUGUGAAGAAUCAAGCUCCUGUGGUCCCAGCACCUGUCAAGGAUCAAGGUCCCAUGAUCCCAGCACCUGUCAAGGAUCAAGGUCCCAUGGUCUCAGCACCUGUCAAGGAUCAAGGUCCCAUGGUCUCAGCACCUGUCAAGGAUCAAGGUCCCAUGGUCUCAGCACCUGUCAAGGGUCAAGGUCCCAUGGUCUCAGCACCUGUCAAGGAUCAAGGUCCCAUGGUCUCAGCACCUUUCAAGGAUCAAGGUCCCAUGGUCUCAGCACCUGUCAAGGAUCAAGGUCCUAUGGUCUCAGCACCUAUCAAGGAUCAAGGUCCCAUGGUCCCAGAGCAUCUAAAGGAUCAAGGUCCUAUAGUCACAGCACCCAUAAAGAAUCAAGGUUCCAUGGUCUCUGAGCUUAUAAAGAAUCAAGGUUCCAUGGUCUCAGGGCCAGUCAAGGAUCGAGAUGUUGUGGUCCCAGAGCAUGCAAAGGUUCACGAUUCUGCAGUUGUGGCACCUGUAAAGAAUCAAGGUCCUGUGGUCCCCGAGUCUGUGAAGAAUCAAGACCCCAUUCUCCCAGUACUAGUUAAGGAUCAAGGGUCCAUGGUCCUACAGCCUCCAAAGAAUCAAGGUCCUAUAGUCCCUGAACCUCUGAAGAAUCAAGUUCCUAUAAUCCCGGUGCCUCUGAAGGAUCAAGAUCCUCUGGUGCCAGCACCAGCAAAGGACCAAGGUCCUGCAGUCCCUGAACCUCUGAAGACUCAAGGUCCCAGGGACCCUCAGCUACCUAGUGUCUCACCCCUACCCCGAGUCAUGAUCCCCACUGUCCCCCAUACGGAAUACAUUGAGAGCUCCCCUUGAUACUCACCCCUUGACAUGCCAAUGAAGGAGCUGACAGUGAGAAUGCUCCCCUCCCAGGGGCAGUGAAGACACAUAUUUAAUCUGCAUGAAACAUGUACAGUAGUCUUGCUGGAAUCUAAUAAAAGUGGUCCCUCUGGCUCA